CAGCGGGACUCCUGUCCGGAGGCACAGCCGCGCCUAUACCCAAAUCCAGCGCCUAUACCCAAAUCCAGCGCCUAUAUCCAAAUCCAGCGACUAAAGCAAAGGCGAGAACUUGGAACGUACAGCUUCACGGAAAAGACAUAGCCUCCCGUUUUUGGAGAGAAGAGGUGUAAACAGACUCAUAAGGGAAGGGAUAGAGCACGGAGGGGAGGGACCCAGUAUGCUGAUGGACUUAGAGACCGAUAGGGUUUCUAAUGCGCACUGUCUUCUCACUCCUCUCCAUAUCUGUCCGUCUCUCACUGGCGGAAGAUGUAAUUGUUUUCUAGGACUAGGAAUUAUAUCAAGGGUGAGUCUUUGCCUCAGCUGAAAGCAGUUAUAUUUUCAUUUUCCAAUGAUCAACUAGAGCGUAUCCUCCAUCGUCUCUCCGGUCUCCUGCGGGACGGGUGGCAAGAGAGGGUUGGGAGAGACGGGUAUUGAAUCUCUAGUGAAGGGUCUCAGCAGAAUAUUGCUGCAUUUUGGUGGUUCCCAACGGUUCAAUCAUGUGGCAAAGAAUUGUGAUUUGCUGUGCUCUGCUUGAGCUCUGUUCGGCGGCACCGCCCGCUCACAUCAACCGUCUGGCGCUGUUCCCUGACAAGAGUGCUUGGUGCGAGGCCAAGAACAUCACACAGAUAGUCGGGCACACUGGCUGCCAGCCUCGCUCUAUCCAAAACAGGGCGUGUCUGGGGCAGUGCUUCAGCUACAGCGUCCCAAACACCUUCCCUCAGUCCACCGAGUCACUGGUGCACUGUGAUUCCUGCAUGCCUGCACAGACACAGUGGGAAGUGGUGACUCUAGAAUGCCCGGGCAUUGAGAACACUCCUCGUGUGGAUAAACUGGUGGAGAGGAUCCUCCACUGCAGCUGCCAGUCCUGCAGUAAGGAGGGAGCCCAGGAGGGGGCAGUGAUGCAGCUCUACCUAUCAGAGAGCGCCCAGGACCCUCCUUCCUUACCAGAGAGCCACCACGGCGGCUCACCCCCUCACUCCCACACAGACACACACUCUCAGCAUGCUCACAAACACACAGAGCCACACCAGCACACACACACAUCUGAUGGAGGGUAGGUCGCUCGAUCGCCACUGACACUCCUCUCUCGCAGUUCCCGAUUCUUCUCCCAAAUCACUCCACAAGUUGUUUCUUAUACACACAGUUACAGUAUGAUGCAUUUUCCUUCUUUUCGAUUCAGCCACUAUUUCUUCAUUCAACACCUUUAAAGCACUUUGAAAAUAAAACCUCACUUAACAUGACAAUGAAAACGGCUUAUAAAAGCACGCACACAGAAGCUCACUCAUGCUGUACUCUUCACAAGACAACCAUAGUAUAAAUUAGCGCAUUUAAACUCACCAGUUUAUACAUUGUUUGUCAUCUACCUUCUCUCGUAGGACAACGAAUAUCACAAUCCUAUACACACUCAGGCAUGCACUCUGACACAGCUAUAGACCUUUGAAGCUGUAGACUUAUUUCUGUUCAUCUGGCGUGAAUUUGUUUAUUAAUCACAGAGCCACAGUACAAACUGUACAGUUUCUUGACAUAAUGUCUCUCACUAAUUUGCAUUAGUAUCUGACCUAAAGCUAAAUGUUCCAAUUUGUGCUUCUCAUACGAGAAUAAAGCUCUUUUUGUUCAAUCUUA